GAGAGAAAGUUUGACGACAGUCAAGUUGACCAGGAAUGAAGUAUCCUCUUGCUCAUCAGAGUAAAUCUCUGUUAGAUAUGGAAGUAGCUAACUAUUGUGAAGGCCUGGAUCCCUCAUACAGUAUACUGGGUUUUGAGAAUGCAGAGGAGCUCUGUGGAGGAGCAGACAGCAUGCCGACAGAGCCGAACCUGCCAGACGGGGUCAGCAGUAACUGUGCCAUCUGUGGAGACAAAGCCACAGGGAAACACUACGGAGCCUCCAGCUGUGAUGGUUGUAAAGGCUUCUUCAGACGCUCCAUACGCAAGAGCCAUGUCUACACCUGCAGGUUCAGCAGACAGUGCAUUGUGGAUAAAGACAAGAGGAACCAGUGUCGUUUCUGCAGACUCAACAAAUGCUUCAGGGCUGGCAUGAAGAAAGAAGCUGUACAAAAUGAGAGAGAUCGGAUCAGCUCCAGAAGAAGUAUCCCUGACUCCCAAGACUUGCCACCCAUUACUAUCUUGGCUCAAGCUGAAUCACUGGCCCACCAGAUCAUUGCUCCAGUUGGAAUAACAGACAUAUCGGAGCAGAAGUCAGCCACCAUCGGAGACGUAUGUGACUCUAUGAGACAGCAGCUACUGGUGUUGGUGGAAUGGGCCAAGUACAUUCCUGCAUUUGGAGAACUGCCACUGGAUGACCAGGUGAGUUUGCUCAGGGCUCAUGCAGGUGAACACCUUUUGCUCGGGGUCGCUAAAAGGUCAAUGCCAUUUAAGGACUUCCUGUUUUUAGGUAACGGCUGUGUAAUCCACAGGAACACUCCUGAACAAGAGAUGUAUAAGGUAGCCAACAGAGUACUGGAUGAGCUGGUUCAGCCCUUUCAGGAUAUUCAAAUAGACGACAACGAGUACGCAGCGCUCAAGGCUAUUGUCUUCUUUGAUCCAGAUGCAAAGUCUUUGCGGGAUCCAUCAAAGAUCAAAGCCAUACGUUUGCAGGUCCAGAUGAGUCUGGAAGACUACAUCAAUGACCGUCAGUAUGACUCCAGGGGUCGUUUUGGAGAGUUGUUACUCCUGCUGCCCACCCUGCAGAGCAUCACCUGGCAGAUGAUCGAACAGCUCCAGUUCAUUAAGCUCUGUGGUCUGGCCAAGAUAGACAACCUGCUGCAUGAGAUGCUGCUGGGAGGCCUUACGUCAGAGCCCACACACCUGCACCACCCAGCACACACCCAGCUGGCCCAGGACCCUCUGACUGGACACACGCUGGUCAUCAGCACCAUGCCCGUCGCUCACACGCCACAGAUCGCCUCUCCCGACACUCCCAUCCCAUCGCCCCCUCAGGGUCCUCCCCUAGAGAAGUACAAACACUUUCCCCAGCCUCUUUGUCCUCCAGCCAGCCCCUCGCCUUCCACGCAGACGGAUGUCUGA